CUGCCGCACCCUGAGGGUUUUAGCCGCAGCCCCAGCGAUGCAGCCCCGUAUGCUUCGCACCCCUCCCAGUUCAUCCCAGUUGCUCUCAGGACCGGGAAGGCGGCGGCGGGCAGGGUGUCGGGGCAGCUGCCGGGGGCAACGGGGCUGCGAAGGGGUGGCGGGUGUUCACUGGGGGGCGUUCGUGGCGUGCAGGGCUGGAGGUCUCCGGGCUGCCCGGCACCGGAGCUGCUCCUCCAGAGGCCCCGGUGCUGAAGCCGCCCUCCCCGGUGCUGAAGCCGCCGCUGUCGCCCCCGUCGGCGGGGAGCGGCUCUCCCCGGUGGCUUCCCGGUGGCGGCGGGGGCGGCCCCGCCGGUGGCCCCGGUGCCGGCGGUGGGAGGUGUGGCCAUGGGCCGCAUAAAGCCGCCGCCGCCCCGAUCCCGCCGCCAGCCCAGCGCCGCCAGCAGCGGGCCGGAGCGCGGGCGCGGAGCGGGGCCGCCAUGCGCGGGGCCGCCGGGCGCGCUCUGCCGCUGCUGCUGCUGCUGGCGGCGGCGGCGGCGGGGCCGGUGGGCGGCGAGGAGGCGAUCCAGUGCCCGCCGUGCUCGGAGGAGCGGCUGGCGCGGUGCAAAGCCCCGCAGGGCUGUGCGGAACUGGUGCGGGAACCCGGCUGCGGCUGCUGCGCAACCUGCGCGCUCGGCCGCGGAACCGCUUGCGGCGUCUACACCGCCCGCUGCGGCGCCGGGUUGCGCUGCUACCCCCCGCGGGGGGUGCCCCGGCCCCUGCACACCCUCAUGCACGGCCAGGGCAUCUGCACGGACCUGGCCGACGUCGAGGCCAUCCAGGAGAGUCUCCAUCCCCCAGAGAAGGAGGAGAUUGACCACCCCAACAACAGCUUCAGCCCCUGCAGCAUCCACGACCGCAAGUGCCUGCAGAAGCAUCAGGCCAAGCGGGUCAACAACGGCAACAAGAUGCGCAACAGCGGGAGCCCGUACCACCGCGAGGAGACGCGGCCCAUAGCACAAGGCUCGUGCCAGAGUGAGCUGCACCGGGCGCUGGAGCGGCUGGCGGCCUCGCAGACCCGCACGCACGAGGACCUGUACGUCAUCCCCAUCCCCAACUGCGACCGCAACGGCAACUUCCACCCCAAGCAGUGUCACCCGGCGCUGGACGGGCAGCGGGGCAAAUGCUGGUGCGUGGACCGCAAGACGGGGGUGAAGCUGCCGGGCUUCCUGGAGCUGAAAGGGGACUUGGACUGUCACCAGCUGGCAGACAGCAUGUGAGCGCCACCGCGAUGGCCCCGUGCCGUGCCGCGGCCAGGACACCCACCGGGGCUGCGUAGGAGAGCAAGAGAGGGGACGUGACCGCCGAGCAGCCCCCCGGUGCCGGGGGACCCUGGAUCGCCGCUGUGCUCUGCGCCAUGGGCUGCCCACGGCACGGGGCACAGCACCGCGACCUGCGCCAUGACCACUAGCCGCCACCGCCGAGGGGUCCCCGGCAUGUGCCAGUGGCACCUCCAUCCCGCACGGACACUCGCGUGGACAGAUGCUGCCCGGGGGGAGAGGGAGGCGAGCACCCCCACGCUGCCGCGGCAGCACCCCGUCCGCAGUGCCUUGCCGUCCGCACCGCGUCUCUGUGUGUGGCAGCAGGAGAAGUGCCUCAUCCUGCCCUUUGGGACGGCGGGAGGCUGCCCAGGCGAGGAAUGGGGGAGCCUGUGCAACUGGGGAGUGGGGGCAGAGACCUCCCUCCUCGCCACCGCCUGCCUGGGACCCUCCUUGGCUCUAUCUUGCCUGAAUCGUGUCCGUGCGAUGGGCAUUGUGGCCGCACUGAGCAAUACGAGACCUUCCCUGUCCCCACUGCAGCCCCCAGCCCUGGGACCCCCUGCCCCCCAGCCCAGCGUUUUCCUCCCAUCCGUCCCGUCCCACCUGUCCCAUCCCGACGGGGGGUCGAGUACCCCCAGGUGAGUCCCCAUGGGCGCUGGGUCCAAGGGGAGGGCUGGGGGACAAAGGACACCCAGGAAACACCUCCCAGCAGGAAGGGCUUGUUUGGUGUUUUUUUUGCUUCCUCAAACAUUUUUAAUAUUUAAGAAAUGUUGUUGUUGGGAUGUUAAAACUGGCCGGGGGGCCCCUCGAGGCUGAAAUCCUCCAUCUCUGCAGAACGAGGCACCACCGGCCGUGGUUUCUGUGUUCGCUUCUUCCAACUUGGCCAACGUGACAAAACCGGGAUGAAUUUCUGGAACGUCCCCAGUGACGGGAUCUGCAGAUUUCGCCAGCACAAAGUUCUCAGCUGAGAAAUUGUGACUAUUUUUGUCGCUUUUUUCUUUCUUUUUAAGCUAGGCUGGUAGUUUUUCACCUAAAUGUCUCUCAGGUGAGAAAUGGCCGUGCUGGCUGCCAUGGCACGUGUGCCAAAGACAGAGGGGGUUUUAUCAGCCCUCCCCUUCCCACCCCCCCAGCUCCGUGGCUGCAGUGGGAGGUUUGGGUUUCCUGUGUGGUUUUGCCCUGGCCAUGGUGGUGGCUGCCAAGGCCCCUGAUGGGAACAAAAUGUUUCAGUUUUAGUGAAACACCCUUUUGCCCCCCGGUCCCUGGUUUCAGCAGGGAUGUCCCUGCCCCUGCCAGAGCCCCCGGGUGCCACCGCACAAAGGAUGGGUUUCCUGGGGCGCAGGGAGGUGACACUGGGGACCGCGUCUGGUCACAGUGCCGGUCCCAUGUGGCUGUGCUGGUGGGAUGCAGGACGCUGUGGCAACACCAUGGCGGGAUGCAGGAUGCCAUGGCAACAGCGUGAUGGGAUGCAGGAUGCCAUGGCAACAGCGUGAUGGGAUGCAGGAUGCCGCAGCAGCGCCACGAUGGGGGGCCGGGUACCACGGUGGGGUGCAUGAUGGCUCAGAGGGCUCCAGUGUUUUAUAUCGUCUCUCCUGUAGUUUAAGGCUGUAUUUACACAUGAUCAUAUACCAGCGUAAGGCUCCCCAACCCCAGCGGUGUUUUCCACGCCGAUGUGAUUUCUGUCAGUUCCUCCUGGGCCAAGCCCGUCCCUUCGGAUUCCCAUGUAGCACCGACCCUCUUUUACAGUAAACUUGAACCUUUGUAUCUUCAAAAAGAAAAAAAAAGAAAGGUAAUUACUGUAUUUAACUUUU